CCGUGUUCUCCGUGUGCAUGCUCAGCCUGUGCUCCAAGUACUGGCAGGUCAUGCUGGCGCAGGGUAUCGCUUCUGGUCUGGCGGUUGCCAUUGUGUCUUCGGGGAGUAGUUUAGGCGGCGUCGUCUACCCAUGCAUGCUCCGGUCAGCUUCGCGUCUGCUGUGCGCUGGAAUGCUCUCAUGCAGGGUGUUCUGCUGUUUGUCGCCAACUUUCUCUGCUCGUCUCCUGGGGAAAGCGUCUGCCAACGCAACCGCGGCCGCAGACAAGGAAGACCCCCCAGGGCGUGCAGUGGGCUCCGCGGCUUCAAGAGCCUGCCCUGGGCCUUCUUUGUGCUGGGCUGUUUCAGAUUGAUGUUUGACACAGUUGACUUUCUUUUUCAAGUCUUGUAUUAUAGCUUGUAGAGGCCGA